AGAAGAGAAGAGAGAGGGGACCCAACCCCAGUGCUGCCCCACCGCCGGCGACCACCACAACCCAACCCCAGUGCUGCCCCACCGCCGGCGACCGCCACCACCACCGGCUUCUGGGCACUCCGACGGGGUUACCCCACCACGAAGAAGAUUUAAGUGUGGACUGGUUCGAUACUUAUGAGGGAUUGAGCGGUAACUGAAUGAAUCAGAAACUUUGUAUCUUGAUUUCAUAUUGACAUUGGUGUGAGAUGGCAAUAAUAUAUGGGCUGACAGAAGUCUGUGCAGGCUUAGCUCAUCCUAAACAACCAUACCAGAUUCAGAAAUAUAGCAGAUGCACACCUAGUAAUUAUUGUGGCGUUCAACUUGUUUCUAGAAGGAUUCCUAGGGCAAAAACCUGUCUUGCAACGUGUUUCCGCAUCAGAUAUGUUGCACCUGCACUGAGAAGUCAUCAUGGUUUGAGCUACGACGACGAGAACUUCGUUGAGGAGCCAAUUUGGUUGACUUUGAAAAAGGAAGCUUUCGGGGCUUUGAAGUCUUUAUUCAUCUUCCUCCUUGGGCAGCCUAGCCAGCUGAAGUACAUAGAGUGGCCGAGUUUCCAGAGCACGCUAAAGACAGCUUCCCUCACUCUCAUUCUCAUGGCACUUCUUAUAGUUGCACUUGCUUCAGUUGACUCUGCCCUCUGCUAUCUACUGGCCUUGUAUCUGCGGAAGAGCCCAUGACAAGGUGUUGCCGGAAUACCUGGAAUUGAUGACUCAACCCUACAGGAUUAAGCUGUUCGAAGCUGCUUGUACAAAAACUGGCCUAAAAAACUACUUUUUGUUGGAGGUUUUCAGAAGCAGAGGUCACGGACUCACGGCUUCCUUUAUUACAGUGGAAAAUCACGCAAAAACUUGUACUUCUUUUAAGUUGUUCUUCUAUAACUGUAGUUUUCCUUAUUAGGAAGAACGGAACAAUAUGGUCAACAUUUAUUUAGUAGUGUCUUGUGUUUAAUCA